UGAUACGAAGGCGGAAGUGGUCACAUAAUCAAAACAAGACUAAAACGACUGCGGCACCGUCUUACAUAUCUGCUUUUUUGUGUAUUUGUUUGUUUAUUUUUUUGUUAACGUAGUGUGUCAUGUCUUCGAGCCAAGUGAAGAACUCCAACUUUUUGGGAGGCACGAUACCACCAGAGGUUGAGUCUUUGUCCAAAAACCUGAAGGAUGUGGAUCAAGAGACGUUCAGAAAAACACUAGAAGCUGUGGUCAGUGCCAUAGAAGGGAAAGACUGCAGAGAAGUGAUGAAGACUAUAACAGAGAGCAGUGCCAUCCCACAGGAGAGACUAAGUCACAUUGUAGCAGGAAUAUACAGAGUGCUGUCUGACGCCAUCUGCAUCCCUGCAGCAUCACUGAAACAGGAGUCCUUCAAAGAAGAUCUCAGAGAACUCAGGAUACCUGAAAACAUCAUCACAGAUUUCGCCAGUGUGGUUUUUGGAAAUCGCCGUGCAGCUUUGGAGUCAGCGACCUCCCAGCGGGAUCCUCACCUACCCACAAUGGAAGAUUUCAAAUGGAGAGUGGAUGUUGCUAUUUCUACAAGCUCCUUAGCCAGAGCCCUGCAGCCUUCUGUUCUGAUGCAGAUGAAACUAUCAGAUGGCAGCUUUCAUCGCUUUGAGGUGCCUGUGUCUAAAUUCCAGGAGCUUCGCUACAACAUGACUCUGAUUCUCAAAGAAAUGAUCGACCUUGAGAAGAGGAGCAUACUCAAGAUCCAGGACUGACCUGUCACGAGGGACUGCUGAUUAUUAUGAGAAUGUAACUGAAUGUUGUAAUUGUGCAUCACCAUCAAAUGUAUGCAAACUUAUUCAUUAUUAAGAAUUUAAAAUAUUCCAUCUGAUAAAAAGAAGGGCUUCCUUGCUUUGCGUUUUUCUGUCCUUCAUAGAUCAACCACUUCUUCAUUGUUACCCCACUCUCUUCCUACAUCAGUCAGUGUCGGGGGAACGUCAGCUGUAACUGUGGCUGGUCAAACAUUUUCUCAGUUUGUGUGCUUAUUAAGUAACAACUCCUCAAAACAAAUGUUAGUUUACAACUGUGAACUUGCUGUUAUUUUCAAGAGCCUGGGACCAAGACUGAAGACAAAAUCCUGUGUCAUAAUAACUUACAUCUUUAAACAAAUUAAUCUCUUGACUUUAUCGCCCUUUUUUCUUGCUGUAUUGUUUCCUAUUUGAGCAUUAUACAAUUCAGUGAUACAGCUGUAAAAUUUGUAUUGUGCAAAAUAUAAAUGCAGUUAAGUUUGCAGAUCGAAUGUCUCCAGCUAAAUGUCCACUUGACGUGAAGUCGUUAUCCUAUCUGUUGCCUUUUUCAACUGCUUCUGAAACGUGUAUCUAUAUUAAGUAAAAUAAAGAGCAGUCUCUUUUUUUCUAAUCACGAUUUCAGGAAUGACAUCAUUGAUGAAAGGUGCCAUAACUAUCUAUUUGUCAUUUUAGGAUUGUAGAUGCUCUGAAAGA